UUGCGUAGAGAAGAAAUGAUCAACACCCAAGCAAGAGCUGUGCUUGUGGAUUCAGCUUGUGUGCUCCGCUGGGUCAGGCAGCAGGCUCCAGGGCCUCAGUGGUGCUCCGAUGCCCCUCACCCACAGAGGAUGAACACAGCUGGGCAAAGCACGAGCAGGGAUCUGACUCAAGAUGUGCUCCUUUAUAAGGAUGGGAAGUUAACGGUGAAACAGCAGGUGACCUCACUGGACAGCGAAUCAUCUAUUCUGCUUUUUCAGUAUCAGCUAAGUGAGCAGUUGUCAUGGAGCAUGCAGACUGUGCUCUCUGGCCAUAGCCUCUUUGUUGGUUUACCAAAUGGAGAACUUCUCAAAGGCACCAAAGAAGGGCUCACUGCUGUUUUGGAGUUUGCAGAGGAGAAACUGAAGAUCAAUCAUGUAUUUGUGUGGUUUAUGAAGAACAGGCCUGAUAAAUUGCUCCUCACCAGAACAUUCUGCUACCUUGGCUUUGAGCUUGUAAAACAAGAUCAUCUAAUAGCAUCCAUUGCAGGAGAUUUGCGUCUUAUGGUCUACACUAUACAACAAACUCACUCAUCAGAAGAAUGACUACGAGGCCUUUAAAACACACAGCAUUCUUGUAGACUGUUGCUAAGUCCACUAAAUGCAAAAUCAGUAAACAGUACAUUGUUCAAAACUAACAUUGUAGAGGGGCAUUCCGGGUAACUCAGUAACUGAAAAAAGUAAUAGAGUAAUGUUAACCUUACUGAUAAUUUAAAGAGACACACCUUUUGACACUGAGCAUUUAAAUGUUUAAGUAUCAAAAUAGCAAUAUAUCUGGUUUGUUGUGUGUGUGUAUAAAGCUGACAAUGGCUCAAAUAUCAUGGCAGUGAUAUAUGCAUUGAAGAGUGAUUCUUGUGUUCUCUGUGGAUGAGUUUUAUCUAACACUUUUUAUGGCAAAAGAAAAGUAUGUAAUCUGAAUUAUAGCAACACCUGCAUGCUGUAAUGUGAACUUUUAUUGCACUCAGUGAAUCAGUAAUUGACAUGGUAUCUCAGUAAAACUACAAAUAAAACCAAGUUUAAUAAUUGAACAAACUGGAAAUUUAAUUAAGGCCAGUUUACUCUUCACAAAUAGAUACAUUGUUAAUAAUUUUCCACUCUAGCUACAAUAUCUGGUGAUAUAACAACAGGAACAUUUAUUCAUAUCACAUUGUGGAAAGGUAUGUGUGUGACUGGAGAAUUUAUUUCAAAGGCAGUAAUAGACUACUUUCUUUCAUUAUUAUACACAUUUACAAUGCAAGACAGGGAAUAUAGCCAUAUAUACCAACAUAUAGCUACCAACUUUUAUAAGGCACACUUACUGCAAAAAACAAACAACAACAAAAAACAAGAGUUGAAAU